UCUCCCUGUUUCACCGCGCAUGGUGCCAAACCCGACUGCCAAAGUGAAGACUAAGAAGAAAAAGAAGAAAAGUAAUGCACCAAAGCAGCAGAAGACUAAUAAGGCACAGAAAACGAAAGAGCAGCGGUGGCAGAGUGUCAUCUCUAUGCUGAACCACCUCCUACGAAAAGCCAAGAAUUUAUCAAUGGAGGCCGAACCAGACACAAAACCGAAUGAAGGCAAAGGCGUUACGAUCAGUGCUGCAAAGAGGAAGAAGAUGGAGUUUUGGAAAAAGAUAGCUGAGAAAAAAAAGGCCAGGAAGGCUGAGAUGAAAGCAAUGAAAGAUCAAGCUCAGUUGCUUGUAAAGCAGACAGUUAAAGAAACGCCUAAUAACAAGCAAAAGAAACAGAACAACGUGAAAAAGAAAAAAAGAGUCAACGAGUUCCAAAAAAGAAGCGGGAAUGGAAACCAGGGACGUGGGCAUUUCAGAAAAGAUGGACAGAAGAAAGAGGUGAAAAAAGUCAAAGAGGAGGGGACGAUGGCAAACACCACCCUGGGAACGAGGGAUGUGGGGGUUCCAGAAAAGCAGGAGAUCAAAAAAGAGAAGGAGGAGACGAGUGAAGGAGGUGUGGAGACGAGGGAUGAAGGAGUUCCUGAAAAGGCGGAGAAGAAAAAGAAGAUCAAGAAGGAGCUCAAAGAACAAGGGGCGGAGGAGACGAGUGAAGGUGUGGAAACGAGGGAUGCAGGAGUUCCUGAAAAGGAGGAGAAGAAGAAGACCCAAAAAGUCAAAGAGGAGGGGAUGGAGGUCAACAUCAACAAGGGAGGUGUGGAAACGAGGGAUGUGGAGAUUCCAGAAGAGCAAGGUAAGAAAAAGAAGAUAAAGAAGGAGCUCAAAGAGAAAAGGAUGAAGCAGACGAGUGAAGAGGGUGUGGAAACGAGGGAUAUCGGAGUCCCUGAAAAGGAAGAGGAAAAAGUCAAAGAGGAGGGGAUGGAGGUAAACAUCAACAAGGGAGGUGCAGAAAUGAGGGAUGUAGGAGUUCCUGAAAAGAAGGAGAAGAAAAAGAACGUAAAGAAGGAGCUCAAAGAGAAAAGGAUGAAGCAGACGAGUGAAGGAGGUGUGGAAACGAGGGAUGUAGGAGUUCCUGAAAAGAAGGAGAAGAAAAAGACCCAAAAAGUCAAAGAGGAGGGGAUGGAGGUAAACAUCAACAAGGGAGGUGUGGAAACGAGGGAUGUAGGGGUUCCAGAAAAGGAAGGUAAGAAAAAGAAGAUAAAGAAGGAGCUCAAAGAGAAAAGGAUGAAGCAGACGAGUGAAGAUGGUGCGGAAACGAGGGAUAUCGGAGUUCCUGAAAAGGAGGAGAAAAAUGUCAAGGAAGAAGAGAUGGAGGCAAACAUCAACAAGAGAGGUCUGGAAACGAGGGAUGUAGGAGUUCCUGAAAAGAAGGAGAAGAAAAAGACCCAAAAAGUCAAAGAAGGAGGGACGAAGGUAAACAUCAAAAAGGGAGGUGUGGAAACGAGGGAUGUAGGAGUUCCUGAAAAGGAGGAGAAAAAAGUCAAGGAAGAAGAGAUGGAGGCAAACAUCAACAAGAGAGGUCUGGAAACGAGGGAUGUAGGAGUUCCUGAAAAGAAGGAGAAGAAAAAGACCCAAAAAGUCAAAGAAGGGAUGGAGGUAAACAUCAACAAGGGAGGUGUGGAAACGAGGAGCGCUGGCGUUCCUCAAAAGCAGGAGAAGAAAAAGAAGGCCAAAAUAGAGGAGGACCGUGAGGAAGGGAUGAACGAGGGAGGACAGGAAAAAAGAAAAAAGAAAAAGAAGUUGGAGAAAGAAGCACCGAUAGAAGGGGAAGCCAUGGAGAUGGUUGUUGAGGCUGGAAGAACAGCGGAUGAAGAAGCAUCGCCAGAAGAAGUGAAGAAGAGAGUGAAGAAAAAAGCUCCAGCGAUGAAGACGAAGAUGGGUGUAGUUGAGUCUCCAAAGAAGAAGGUAAAAGUGAAAGAGAAAGAAAACAAAGUGAUGAGUGAAGGAAGCAGAGAAACGGACGAUGCACCAGAAAAAGUCAGAAAGACGAAGAAAGCUAAAGGCAAAUCCGAGGAAGGCUGCACAAAGGGAUCAGUGGAGGAAAAAGGAGGGGAGGAGAUGGGCCUGGAACCAGACGGAGAGACGGAAACCAAGAAGAAGAAAAAGAAGAGGAAGAUGACGGAGCCAGGAGACGAAGCUCUGGACAACAAGGAGGUGGGUGGAGAAACGGAAGCAGGAAAGAUGAACAAGAAAAGGAAAAAGAAGACAGAAGAGAGCGCAGGACAAGAGGAGGCCGCGGCGGCUGAAAGAGAAGAACCGAAGGAGAGAAAGAAGAAGAAAAAAGAGAAAACGUCCAGCGUAGAAGAAGAAGAACGCGGUUUAUCGUCUCCUGAAAAAGCAGAGGGGAUGAAAAGUAAACAGAUGAAGAAAAGGAAAAAAAGCACCAGCAUAAACGGACGAACGAAAGAAGAAGAGCCGGAAAAGAAACAGAAGAAGACGGUAAGGACGGAAAGCGCUGAGGAAAAAGCUCAGCCGGAGAGAGAGGGAGACGGCGAUGGAAAUCUCUCUCAGAGUGGAACGAAAGAAAAGCAGAAAAAGAAAAAGAGCGAGACGGAGGUGAAGAAGGCAGCUGCUGACGCCACGUUAAUGAUGAAGACGAUCAGAGUGAAGGUUGAGAGAGAAGCGGAGGAAAUCGCAGAAACAGGACCCAGUGAUGUUGUGUUCCUGUCUGCAAAGCCAGGAAAUCGGGACGAGAUCUCCAUCGACCAGGCACGGAGGUUAGCUUUGCAAAGAGACAUCGAUGAGGAGUCUAAACCCAAGUCGAACUUUGGCCAGUGGGACACUGCCCACUUUGACAGCUCGGACAGACAGAUGAAGUUCCUUCGCUUGAUGGGCGGCUUCAAGAAGGGCAGCCCAUCAAUCAGACCGAACAGUGGUCAGUUGAAACGAAACAUGGCUCUGGGACAGGAGGGCCAGAGGACUUUACAGCAGGAUCUCAUGGGAGAGUUUGAGCGCGCCCAGAACCGCCGCAUGGACUUACAGAACAAAGGGGCGGGGCUAGGGUUUACAGCACCAUCCAAUAAGAAGUUUGCCAUUGACAUCAACGCUCGAAACUCAGUGCGAUUUGAUGACUGAGGUGGCAACGGAUGGACCUGUGAAUGGAUGUGAGAUCUGUGCUGCGAGGCUGUCCUACCGUAAAAAGACUGAACAGCAAGUUCAGUUGAGGAAAACUGUCCUGUAGGGAAUCAGAUCCAGCGAUUAAAUAUUUAUAUUCCCGUUUUUUUUAAAUAUUUCACUCUGGAAAUAUUGUUUCUCUAAUCUGAGGUGAUUGUUGGGUGAAAUAACCAAUGCCAGUCAUGUUAAACAUGGUCAUAGUCUGGUUGUUCACUUUUUAGGCCCUGUAUCUGGACUGAAACUGCUUUUAUGCUAGGUAUUAUGUUGGUCUCAGUCACUUGAUUCUGACUGCCUUGCCAGUUUUAAGCCAGAUUCAUCCAAUCAGGUGUUAUUUAUUUUGACACAAUAGACCUGAAGCUGUGUUGUCAUUCUGUAGUCGGUGUCAUGGCCAUAUUAGGAACUCCAGGUCUAAAGCCGGUUUUCUCAAUGACGAAAACGAAUGACGUUUUUGAAUAUUCCUCCCGUGGUAAAGCCUCGUUCUCCAACAUCUUCCUAAGUUUUUUCCUUAAUUUGUUCUUGAGGAAGGUCCUAAGAAAAAGCCUACGUCAGAUUCAUGACGUUCUUGAACUGCGGAACUGUCCUCACCUUCGUGCUCUUGAAUGUAUAGAUUGUGUUCUUACCUAAGAACAAAUCGCAGAUAAGAAAACAUUGGUGAAUAUCAGAAGCUUUGUAAGGACUGCGCAAGUGGGUUUUAAGACUAAAGUUCUUCUUAAGAACGGCUGGUGAACGAGGCCCAAUGUUUCCACCAAUUUACGAGGUGGUUAAGGAUUCGAAAUAGGACUAUUGCUACAUGCAAGCGAACACUGCUGUGCACUGAACGAACGUCUAAGACUGCCCUCACCAAAGUCCAUAAACCAGCAAGCGAGUGUGGUUACUUAGAAGCUCUGGGAGAUUUAGGCCUCAGUUGGAGUAGCUGGUGUUGGUGUAUAAUAGCGUUGAAGUUAAUAGUCACGUAUCGGUGUGACGUGACGUCACUUCAGUGUGCAGUAACGUUAAAUUGCUUGUAGCAUGGCUGCUAAAUGACCUUAAACUCAGAGGAUCCAUAGACAUUCAGUAGAAAAGUGUACACAGCA